UCCAUGUGACUUCAGUUUCCGUCAGUUCCUUCCGCAAGAGCUAAAAUAACCUGAUGCCCCAGUGCGAGGAGGCAGCGCCGCGCGCUCUCGAGGAGGAGACCCGGGCCCCAGAGACCAUGCGCCCCGCGGAGCCGCCUGGGCCUGAGGGAGCCGUGAGUAUUUCGUGCGUGGGCUCCCCGCCGGGCAUCGCCAGGCUUCUCCAGUGCUGUGCUUGAGAUGGAGUUGCUGCCCCUUUGGCUCUGCCUGGGUUUUCACUUCUUGGCCGUGGAAUGGAGGAACAGAAGUAGUACAGCCAUGGCAGCUUCCCAAGGAGGUUGCAAGGUGGUGGGUGGAGUUGCUGACUGCCGGGGGCAGAACCUUGCACUGGUGCCAAGUGGCCUCCCAUCUCAUUCCUGGACGCUCAUCCUGGAUGCUAACCCUCUCAAGACCCUGUGGAAUCAUUCCCUCCAGGCCUACCCUCGCCUGGAGAACCUCAGCCUGCACAACUGUCACCUGGACCGUAUUGGGCGCUAUGCCUUCCAGGAGCAAGGCUACUUGCACAGCCUGGGCCUGGCUGACAACUCCCUUUCUGAGAACUACAAGGAGACAGCAGCUGCUCUGCACACCCUGCCAGGGCUACAGAAACUGGACUUGUCUGGAAACUUCCUGACGGAAGACAUGGCAGCCCUGAUGCUUCAGAACCUCUCCUCGCUGGAGGCUGUGUCCCUGGCAAGGAACACCCUCAUGAGGCUUGAUGAAUCUAUCUUUGAGGGCCUGCAGCACCUCAGGGACCUGGAUUUGCAAAGAAAUUACAUCUUUGAGAUCGAAGGUGGUGCUUUUGAUGGAUUGAUUGAGCUGAGACAUCUCAACCUGGCCUACAACAACCUCCCCUGUAUUGUGGACUUCCGCCUCACACAGCUGCGCUUCCUCAAUGUCAGCUACAACACCCUGGAGUGGUUCCUGGCAGCCAGGGAAGAGGCGGCCUUUGAGCUGGAGAUGCUGGACCUGUCUCACAACCAGUUGCUCUUUUUCCCUCUGCUGCCCCAGUGUAGCAAGUUGCAUACCCUCCUGCUACGGGACAAUAACAUGGGCUUCUACAGGGACCUGUAUAACACCUCCUCACCUCAGGAGAUGGUGGCCCAGUUCCUCCUUGUAGAUGGCAAUGUAACAAAUAUCACCACUGUCAACCUCUGGGAAGAAUUUGCCUCCAGUGACCUGUCAGCUCUCCGCUUCUUGGACAUGAGCCAGAACCAGUUCCAGUACCUGCCAGAUGGCUUCCUAAAGAAAAUACCUUUGCUUUCUCACCUGAACCUCAACCAAAACUGCCUGAUGAAGCUCCAUAUUCAGGAGCAUGAGCCCCCAGGAGCACUCACAGAGCUGGACCUGAGCCACAAUCAGCUGGAGGAGCUGCGCCUGGCUCCAGGGCUCACUGGCUGCCUCAAAAACCUCCGUCUGUUCAACCUGAGCUCCAACCAGCUCCUGGGGAUCCCCACUGGCCUUUUUGCCAAUGCCAGUAACAUCACUACAAUUGACAUAAGCCACAAUCGGAUCUCACUUUGUCCCCAGAUAGCUCCCUUAGACUGGGUGGGGCCCUCCAAUUGUGUGGAUUUCAGGAAUAUGGCCUCUUUGAGGAGCCUCUCUCUGGAGGGCUGUGGGCUGAGAGCAUUACAAGACUGCCCGUUCCAGGGGACCUCUCUCACACACUUAGACCUGUCUAGCAAUUGGGGGGUUCUGAAUGGAAGCAUCACCCCUCUCUGGGAUAUAGCCCCUACCUUACAGGUCCUGUCUCUCAGGAACGUGGGCCUCAGUUCUGGGGUUGCAGAGUUGGAUUUCUCUGAGUUUGGCAAUCUGAGGGACUUGGAUCUGUCAGGAAAUUCCUUGACCAGCUUCCCAAGGUUCAGGGACAGCUUGGUUCUGCAGACUCUGGAUCUCCGCCGAAAUUUACUUACAGCCCUUCCCCAGAGGGCUAUGUCUGAGCAGCUCCUGAGGCGUUUACAGACCAUCUACCUCAGUCAGAAUCCUUAUGACUGCUGUCAGGUGGAGGGAUGGGAGGCCCUAGAGCACUUAAAGACUGUCGCUGACUUGGCCAUGGUCACUUGCAACCUCUCUGCCAAAGUCAUUCGAGUGGUGGAGCUGCCUGGAGGCAUUCCUCAGGACUGCAAGUGGGAGCGGGUAGACACAGGCCUGCUCUACCUGGUGCUCAUUCUCCCCAGCUGCCUCACCCUGUUGGUGGCCUGCACUGUCAUGUUCCUCACUUUCAAGAAGCCUCUGCUUCAGGUCAUCAAGAGCCGCUGUCACUGGUCCUCCAUAUACUGACCUGUGCGACAGUUAGAAAUUUGAUCUUCUGUUUAAGGAUGCUUUCUCGGCAGAAGCAGAGGCAGUGUGAUGAGUUGAGGGUUAAAUUGAAAUUUAAAAUGUUUCCAUCCCUUAGUCCCAUUAAGUUCCUCCACCCUGUGAUUUAUCCUCAUCAUCCUGGUGAAAUAUUUAUUAAGUGACGUUCUAUGAGAAUAAAAGAUAUGUCUCAUAAAUGCUUUUUGA